UUCCUCUUCCUCCCCGCUUCUUCAGUCCCAACUAAAGUCCCAACCCAACUCCCAACCCGAUCAGAGCAAUCAAAACAUCUCGCCUCCAGCGGCCGGCGGAGAACCCGAGGAAACCCUAACGAGGAGGGCGAUCAGCCGGUCGGUCGGCGGCGGCUGAGGGCAUCAUGGAGAGCUCGUCGCCGUCGGUGUCGUUCCCUCUGCUGCAGGCGCCGGUGGAGAGCACCUACCGCGCCUGCACCAUCCCCUACCGUUUCCCCUCCGACAACCCGCGCAAGGCCACCCCCGUGGAGAUCCAGUGGAUCGACCUCUUCCUCAAUUCCGUCCCGUCCUUCAAGCAGCGCGCGGAGAACGACCCCACCGUGCCUGAUGCACCGGCCAAGGCGGAGAAGUUCGCCCAGAGGUACACGGCGAUGCUUGAAGAGAUGAAGAAGAAUCCGGAGAGCCAUGGGGGACCACCGGACUGCAUACUUCUUUGUAGGCUUCGUGAGCUAGUACUUAGAGAGCUGGGGUUUAGGGAUAUCUUCAAGAAGGUUAAGGAUGAGGAGAAUGCCAAGGCUAUGUCACUGUUUGAGGGAGUUGUUCAGCGGAAUGAUGAAAUUGAAGAUGAUGGGAAAAGAGUUGAGAACUUGGUCCGGGGGAUCUUAGCUGGAAACAUUUUUGAUCUAGGAUCUGCACAGCUUGCAGAGGUUUUUGCUAAAGACGGCAUGUCGUUCUUGGCAAGUUGCCAGAAUCUUGUAUCUCGACCUUGGGUUAUUGACGACCUCGAUGCUUUUAAGAGUAAAUGGACCAAGAAAUCAUGGGAAAAGGCAGUUAUUUUUGUUGAUAACUCUGGUGCUGAUGUUAUCUUGGGUAUAUUACCAUUUGCGAGGGAGUUGCUCCGACGUGGCACAAAGGUGAUACUUGCUGCUAAUGACAUGCCUUCGAUCAAUGAUGUCACCUAUCCAGAGUUGAUGGAGAUUAUAAACAAGCUCAAGGAUGCAGAUGGAAAGCUUGCAGGUGUGGAUGCAUCUGACCUCCUUGUUGCUAACUCUGGUAAUGAUCUGCCGGUUAUAGAUUUGUCUAGUGUGUCACCAGAACUUGCCUUUAUGGCAAAUGAUGCUGACCUGGUUGUCCUAGAAGGCAUGGGAAGAGCACUUGAAACUAACCUAUAUGCACAAAUGAAAUGUGACUCGAUCAAGAUUGGAAUGGUUAAGCACCCUGAAGUCGCCCAAUUUUUAGGAGGAAGACUUUAUGAUUGCGUCUUCAAGUUUAACGAGGCCUGAACACAGAGGCAUUGUAACAGGUGUGGCGGAGCUGCAGGGUUGAAUUCACCUCUUCAUAAAACUGAAGGCUACUCCAAUUUCUGUCAGUCCUUAUUCUUCAAUUGGGCAAUCUUUCCUAAGAGCUCGGGUACUUGAAGACUGUUCCUGUGCGUCGGCUCGUCUAUCCACCUGUAGUUCCACUCUGGGCGGUAACGAGUCACCUUCGGCAGCUUUGGAUCAUGGUCACCAAUGUAGAACUACUUUUCCUUCCACCCAAAGUGUGAUUCCAACAACUCGUACUCCAAGUACAAGCUACUACUAUUCUUCCGCAUCUAAAUUCCAACGCCCCCUA